AUGGACGUUGAGAGACAGACAUUUAAGGUCUUUAACCAGGACUUCACCAUUGAUAAGAGGUUCGAAUUGAUCAAAGAGAUUGGCCAUGGCGCAUAUGGUAUAGUGUGUUCUGCCAGGUUCACAGAGGCAAGCGAGGAGACUACAGUUGCUAUCAAGAAAGUGACCAACAUCUUCAGCAAAACACUUCUGUGUAAAAGAUCGCUCAGAGAGUUGAAGCUUCUGAGACAUUUUAGAGGACAUAAGAACAUUACCUGUCUUUACGAUAUGGAUAUCGUAUUCUACCCAGAUGGGUCUAUAAAUGGCCUUUAUUUAUACGAAGAACUGAUGGAAUGUGAUAUGCACCAGAUUAUAAAAUCUGGGCAAGCACUAACAGAUGCGCAUUACCAGAGUUUCACAUAUCAGAUCUUGUGUGGUUUAAAAUAUAUCCACUCAGCUGACGUUCUACAUCGUGACUUAAAACCAGGUAAUUUGCUGGUGAAUGCCGAUUGCCAACUUAAAAUUUGUGAUUUCGGGCUUGCAAGAGGUUAUAGUGAGAAUCCCGAAGAGAACAACCAAUUUUUAACUGAGUAUGUGGCGACCAGGUGGUAUAGAGCACCUGAAAUCAUGCUAAGUUACCAAGGUUACACAAAGGCCAUUGACAUCUGGUCAACAGGUUGUAUUUUAGCAGAGUUUUUAGGUGGCAAACCGUUAUUCAAGGGGAAGGACUACGUUGAUCAACUGAAUAGAAUUUUACAGGUCUUAGGUACACCACCUGAUGAAACUUUAAGGAGAGUGGGCUCAAAGAAUGUCCAAGAUUAUAUUCACCAACUUGGAUACAUACAAAAGAUACCAUUUUCUGAAUUAUUCCCUAAUGCGAAUGAAGAUGCUUUAGAUCUCCUGGAGGGAAUGCUGGCGUUUGAUCCACAAAAGAGAAUAACUGUGGAUAAGGCACUAGAGCAUCCAUAUCUAACCAUAUGGCACGACCCAGCUGAUGAACCUGAGUGUAACGAAAAGUUUGAAUUCAGUUUCGAAAGCGUGAACGAAAUGGAAGAUUUAAAGCGCAUGGUUGUUGAUGAGGUACAAAGUUUCAGGGAAUUUGUAAGGCAACCUUUAAUGGAUGACAAAUCUCAAGAAGACGAACAACAACAAGGAUCUCCCGAGAAUUACCAACAGACAAGCCCAACGAAUAUAUCCCCACAACGUUUACAUAAUAAUGGGUCUCAUGAUCUGUUACAGGAACCAGAAUUUUUGACACAGACACCAAAUCAGAACUCAACUAUUCCGGAUCAACUACAGGAAUCAUUCGUUGGAAUCCACUCAGAUAAUUUACCUGAGCAUGAUACAGAUUUCCCACCGAGACCUCAAGAGAACAUUCUGGCAUCACCUAUGGGACUCCCAUCCGCAUCUGAUCGAAACUCCAUGAACAACGAUUCCUUCCUCGAUUUAGAACGCGAGUUGGAGUUUGGACUGGAUAGGAGAUAUUUAUGA